AUGGAUUCUUCAUUGGAAUAUCUUUUAGUUAAACUGGACAUAUCAAAUGCGUUCAACACAGUGAGACGGGAUCAUUUGCUCGAGACCUGCCUUUCUCUCGCCCCCUCCGCUUAUCCUCUGGUCCACCUCUCGUACUCACAACCCAGCCUCCUCCUGUUUGGCGAUUCCUUUAUCGUCUCAUCGACCGGAGUGCAACAGGGAGAUCCCCUGGGGCCUUUUCUAUUUGCUAUGUGUGUCAACUCCGUCGCUCAUUCUGUCCGCUCUCCGGUAAAUAUCUGGUACUUGGACGACGCGACGAUUUGUGGACCUCCCCGCUCUGUCUUAGACGACCUGCGGAGCAUUAUCCCGGCCCUUUCAUCCAUCGGUCUGGAGAUAAACUCAAGCAAGUCCGAAGUCCUAAAUCUGAACAUUCCUUCCGAUUUUUUUGCCGAAACUCUGGACGCCCUGGAACAUAUUCUAAAAGGCGCGCGGGUAUCAGAAACAAAGGACCUUGUAAUCCUUGGUUCGCCAAUUGGUCACGAGGCCCUCUCACAAACGCUCAUCGCCAAGCCAAGCAAUCUGUCAGACAUGAUCGAACGGCUUUCCCUCAUUGAUGCCCACGUCGGGUUCUUUCUUCUGCGUAACUAUUUCUCAACUCCGAGGCUUUUGUACACCCUAAGGAGUUCUCCUUGUUUUCGCAUGCCUAAUCUGUUAUCCGAUAUCGAUUCUAUCUUGAAGUCUGGAGCCGAGUAUCUGUGCAACAUCCAUUUCGACGCUCUGGGGUGGCUUCAAUCUUCCCUGCCUGUUAAUCUCGGGGGGAUUGGCCUUCGUUCGCCCGUUUAUCUGGCUCUUCCUGCCUUCCUCUUGUCCCUGGCAUCAUCCCGUGCCCUCACUGACAUCGUUCUCAGAAACCUCCCCGAACGAAAAAUGUCAGUUGAUCACGUGGCCGCUCUCGCCCUUUGGGAUUCUGCGUAUACCAAAAGACCUGCCGACCCAUCCGUCCAGGGUCAGUGGGAUUCGAUCACUUGUGACACUCUCUCCUCUGUCCUGCUUCAGAGUUUCGACCAGCACAGGCUGGCCUGUCUUCGUGCGGGCUGCAGUCCGGGCAGUGGGGCCUGGCUUGACGCCCUUUCCCUACCGAACAUCGGGACACUACUAGACGGCGAUUGUCUCAGAGUCGCUAUUUCUCUGCGUCUCGGUUUGAAGAUCUGUGAAAUUCACAAGUGCCGCUGUGGGGCCAUGAUCGACCAGUACGGACUACACCCUCUUUCCUGCAGACGCAGUGCUGGGCGGGCACCACGCCACACAGCCUUAAAUGACGUUGUCUUGAGGGGUCUCAAUGCUGCCGGAAUUCCAUCAAUCCUUUUUCAGAGGAUUUCCCUUGCCAUCGUACGAGGAAACUGUUUCUCCAUCUACGAAGCGGGGAAGUCCUCUAACUAA